UUUGCUCCCGCAGACUGAGUGAAUAAAUUCACCUGUCACAGCUUUCUGCCUUCAGUUUCUCGGUCAGAAAGACAUUCCAGUUCAGUGGCCAUGGCAUUACAGGGAACAUUUGUUUGGCUUUGCUCACUGGCAGUCUUGUCCUUCUCUGUAGCUCAGGAUGACACUUUACCUCAGAAUUGCUUGAAACCUGGGCUCGUGGAAGAUCUAUCGGCUCUUCUCAAGUUAGGGGUAGCGUGCAGUGAUGCAUGGAGCACAGAGGAGACAGCUACACUACUGCGGUCAUUGAGCAAUCUGACUGAUAUUCUGCAGAAACAGCAGCAGAAAGACUGCCUACAUGCUGAGCCAAAGAAUUGCACUGAAGUCGAAGUUCCCGAAAACGGAGGCUUGGCAUGUGUCACAGUUGCCAACACGCGAUACUGCAAACCUAUGUGCAGCCAUGGUUACGACUUUGAUUUUCUCAGGAGGAGUCGUCUCUUUGAGGAAUGCAGUGAGCAGACAGGAUAUAAAUGGCAGACCCAGUAUAUAGGAGGAAACAAGCUUGCUGUUUGCAACGAAGCAACGGUUCAAGUUUCAGGAGCAAAGACAGCAUAUUUUCCUAAAGAUCAGAGCUGCCUAACAACUAAGAGCGACGGCACACUGCGGAGAAGAUUCAUUGACGAUUUGACUGCUGAGCUGAAGAAUCUAGGCAUACAGGGAAAGCCCCAGAAUUCCUGUCUUGUGUGUGGAUGACCACGAUGUAGAAACAAGUGUGGCAAAAUGCAUCUACCACGUCAUGAAUGCUGGGGUGUUUUUAAAAACGUUACAAAAGUAAACUAAUAAAAAGUGUGACGAAUACAAGUGUUACUGAACCUAAA